AUGGACAUUGAUUCUGAACCUAUAUCAUCAACCACAGGCAUGUCAAAUUUAGACGAAGAUUUAAUGGAAAGAUUACGAUCAAUUACAACAUGUAACCGUGAAGACUUAAUAGCACAAUUUCGUUCGACUACCAAUGCUAUGUUAACAGAUGAAGGUUGCGCUUUUUUUCUCGAAAUGAGUAAUUGGAAUUUAAAUGAAGCUAUUCUUGCUUAUUAUGAUGCUGAAAUGCCAACAGAUAAAAUUCCUCAGAUGCGUUUUGUUGCUGACGUAACUGUUGGUGAAGGUGAAGCCAUUCCACCUAAUACACGAUUCGUAAAAACUUGGCGAGUUGAAAACUCUGGUAAUGAACCAUGGCCAAGUAAUUGCUCAUUACGUUUUGUUAACGGUGAUCGAUUACAAGACAGAGAUGAAAUUUAUGUUGGGUCUUUAGCACCAGCUGAACAAGCAAAUAUUUCUGUUGAUAUAACUAGUCCGGCUGUUUCAAAAAUUAUUAGAUCACAAUGGCGUCUGUUUACUUCAGCUGGUGUACCUUUUGGAGGUAAAAGAUGA